AUUGUUUGAUUCACUUCUAGAAGAGAAUCAAGAUGAUGGUUUCUAUGUUGAGAAGUUGUGAAUUUAUUGCAAAAAAAACUGCAGAAAAUCUCCGUCUAUGCAGAUUUUCUUCAACAAUCUCACAGAAAGAUGAAUUUAAUUUUCUUCAAAAUUUUGAUGUGAGCCAGCAUGUAGUCCAGUACGGAACUGAUCAGGAGGUGUGGGUAGAGAGCCUGGAUACAGUAGAGGAGAAGAAAAUUGGAAUUCGGAAACUAAACGCAGAUGUUUUCGCAGUUUAUCCUCGAAUUGAUUUGAUACAUCAGAAUGUGAAGUGGCAACUUGACUACAAAACCGUUAACUACAGCCAUGCCAAGAACGUCAGGGAGAUGAUAUUUAGGUAUGGUGGAGGAAAGAAACCCUGGCCUCAGAAAGGAACUGGUCGAGCUAGACAUGGUAGUAUUCGUUCUCCACAGUGGGUGAAUGGUGGAAAGGCACAUGGACCUAGAGGCCCCAAGUCUUUGUAUUAUAUGCUGCCCUUCUCUUUACGUGUCUUUGGUCUUACAAAUACUCUUACAAUUAAAUUCAUUCAGGUACUAUAUUAACUGUUUCUAUCGUAGUUUUAUAGUU